CAACAGUAGUUCCAGUUCACGGAUGCAGUGAGUCUAAAGGUGAUGUUGAGGGUUGCCUUCAGACGCCUUUCGACCACUCUUGUCACAGGGCAAAGAAGCAUGUCUCAGAGUAGUCUUGCUGGGAAAGUGGCCAUCGUCACGGCCUCGACGGCUGGCAUCGGCUUGGCCAUUGCCCACGCCUUGGGCAAGAAGGGGGCCCACGUGGUGGUGAGCAGCAGGCGACAGGCCGGCGUGGACAAAGCUGUGGCCCUGCUCAAGAGCCAGGACAUCCAGGUCACCGGCACAACGUGUAAUGUCGGCAACCAAGGCGACCGAGAAAGGCUGCUUCAGACGACUCUGGAUCAGUGCGGCGGCGUUGACAUCCUGGUGUCAAACGCGGCGGUGAACCCUUUCUUUGGAAACCUCAUGGACACCACGGAGGAAGUGUGGGACAAGGUGAUGUCCAUCAAUGUAAAAGCGGCCUUCCUCAUGACCAAGUUGGUGGUACCACAUAUAGCAAAGAGGGGAGGGGGAAAUGUCGUGUUUGUGUCAUCCGUGGCUGCCUACCAACCAAUGCAGGGCUUGGGCGCGUACAGCGUGAGUAAGACUGCCUUGGUGAGUCUGACCCGCGCGCUGGCCCCCGAGCUGGCACAGAGCAACAUCAGGGUGAACUGUGUGGCCCCCGGGAUCAUCAAAACCCAUUUCAGCACCCCGUUAUGGCAAAAUGACGACAUCAUGGAUCACUUCAAAAAGCAGAUGUGCAUCAAAAGAGUUGGCAAAGCGGAUGAGAUUGGGGGAGUGGUGGCCUUCCUGUGCACAGAGGAGGCUUCGUAUAUCACGGGUGAAACGAUCGCAGCGACUGGGGGGAUGGGUGGUCGACUGUAAUUCCUUGAGGAGCAAGACCAUUGUUAAGAUACACCUUCCAGAAAUUGUUUCCUUGUUUUAUUUGGAAUAGCCACUGUAGGACUGCAGAUAUCCUUUUUUUUUUGGUGGGGGAGGUGGGUGGGGUUAAUCGAGUAUUCUCCUAAUUAAUGAGAUUCAAAUAGAUGUUUCACUAUUAAACACAAUAUUAUGUUUAUAUGAGAUAAAAGUACAUUUGUGCUUUUGUGAUCAGCAUCCUCAAGUAACCGGUUUUAGAAUGUGGGGCCAUGCCCGGUGAGUGACUUGGGUGCCAGAAGAGGUGGCUGCCCGUGUUGGGUUGCAAAAUCUUGUGUAUGAAUGUGCUUAUUUAUGAUUUUUUUUUUACCAUUUGAGCAAUAAAGCGAUUAAUUGUG